AUGACGAGUCCCCAGGAUAUUGACCUGUGCAGAAUCGUGCUGAUUCUAGGAUCCUUCGAGGGUGUUGACGAGAUCCCUGAGUUAUCUGAUAACAAAAGAUAUCUGUUUCUGCCGCCAAACAACAGCGACGAUGCAGCGUGGAGGGGCGGACAAUCGGAUGCACAUCUUAAGCCCCCUUUUUUCUGUCUGACUAUCGGGGAACACUUGUUCGAUCCGACGGGCUGGAUUCUGGGCUCUCACGGUGAUUCCGAAGUGUGCGAUUUUCAGAUUGCUGGCGAUAAUCAAAGCCGUAUAAGCAGAAGAUCAGUAAGGGUCGAUAUCAGCCCGAUUACGCACUACCCCAGGGUGACACUGCUAUCUGAUCAGAGAGUUCGCAUUCGCGAGGGUGCUGAUGUUGAGAAGUGCAAACCCGGCAUUCCUGUUGAACUGCCACGCCCUUGCGUGAUUGACUGGGGAGCGGUGCGUUGUUGGGCUUGGUUCCCGGAACGCACAUUGGUGGAAACUCAACGAUACAAGGAACUGGCUCGAUCAUACGGUCUUGACAUUAUGGCUGCAUAUCCCAAAAGCCUUCCUUCUACCAAGAGCCGCGAGUCAACAUCGGCUGAAUCGGUCCGCUAUGGCAAGAAUGAUGCCGUGUAUGUUGUCGAGCAGAUGCACGGCCGUGGGAUGCAUGCCUCUGUGAUGAGGGUGAAGAAUAUUGUAACUGGGGAGAUCUUUGGCGCUAAAGAACCUUACUACAAAUCAAGCGACAAUUCUGAUUACGCGAGGAAACGUUUUGAGACGUUGGAAGCCGAGUACAAACUCAUUAUGCGCCUACAACAUCCGCAUAUAGUUAGGGCGUACGAGUUAGUCCUGGCCGAUGAGUUGACCCUGCCGCCUUGGAUGAUAGUCGAAUACGUCCCUUGUACUCUCCGCGACACCCUCCCCAAAUUAGACUCACUUCAACGACUUGCAAUCAGUACUCAGCUUGUCAGCGCUUUGCAUUACAUGCACGAGACUGGCAUUACCCAUCGGGAUCUGCGGCCAGAUAACGCCUUGAUACAAACGCAAGAUGGCGUAGUGAUUUUAAAGUUGGCUGACUUUGGUACAUCGAAGCAUAACCUCUCAUCAAAAAUGGAAACUUUCACUGGUACGGAGAUCUACAUGGCCCCUGAACUAUUCAUCCAACCCCGAUCGUAUACAAACAAAGUCGACAUGUGGGCCUUUGGCCUCAUUGAGCUGGAAAUAUUCACAAGUUGGGAACCUGAUGUGGACGAAAUAUGGGACCCCAGCGACUUUGGAAAAUGGAUACGGACGGUAGUUUCUCCAUGCAUCGCGAAGGCACCAGAAAAAGUCCGGCCCAUGUUAAAGGGCCUACUGCGGAAAGGUGCAGAGAAGAGAUGGAGUGCCAGAAGAUGCCUGGAGUGGCUUUGUAAACAGGAACUGGAUGGUUCUGUCAGGAAUGGCACGGGUAGUAAGCGCCCAGCGUCUAGCGGCCUUGAAACAGAGCGCUAUAAAAGGCACCUACGCAGCCCAAAUCCUUCGCCGUCUACCAGUCGUGUCGCCCUGCAGCAUUCUGGCGAUGGUGUCAGUCUCCCUGAUACAUUAUCGGUGAGGUCAGCAUCACCCGAGAUACUCUCAGCUGCGACGACUCCUCGCGUAGAUGACGAAAUUUCUGAUGCUAGCGAGAGUGGUGUAGACGAUGACAGUUCGGGUGAUGAGUCUGGAUUUGAGAAGGAUUGGCCAGAAUAA